CGACCCGGGUCAGCCUCCGGUGACGCUGGUGCGCCUUUGGAGCGGCGCAUGCGCAGAGGCCUUGUGUCACAGUAGCGCUAGAAGUCGGGAGCAGCCGCAGGGGACACGGGAGCUGUCGCUUUGUUCAUUUCACACAAGGUUCAACUUUUAUACGCGAUGUCUGAGUUUGACAGCAACCCCUUUGCGGAUCCGGUGGACGUGAACCCGUUUCAGGAUGCCUCCGUCACUCAGGCCACCAGCAGAGCCGCCUCGAGCCUCGGAGACUUCAAUCCCUUCACCUCCGUCAGCACGGGAAACCACUCGGACACCACCAUCCCCGUGGCCGCCGGCGCCUCCCAGCCCGCGGUGCUGCAGACGUCCGUGGAGCAGAGCCGCAAGGCGACGGCGGCCGCCGCCCAGGCGGACCUGGUCCGACAGCAGGAGGAGCUGGAGCGGAAGGCCGCCGAGCUGGACCGGAAGGAGAGGGAGCUCCAGAACCGAGCAUCUGGAGGAGGGAGCGCGGGAGUUAAAGAGAACAACUGGCCACCGCUUCCCAGCUUCUCCCCUGUGAAGCCGUGCUUCUACCAGGACUUUGAGGAGGAGAUCCCUGAGGAGUACCGCAGGAUCUGCAGGAGAAUGUAUUACCUGUGGAUGUUCCACUCGUCCACUCUCUUCCUCAACGUGUUGGCUUGUCUGGCUUCCUUCACCGUUGACUCUGGGAACGGGGUCGACUUCGGUCUGUCCAUCCUCUGGUUCAUCCUCUUCACCCCCGUGUCCUUCGUCUGCUGGUACAGACCUGUCUACAAGGCCUUCAGGUCUGACAGCUCCUUCAGCUUCUUCUUCUUCUUCUUUGUCUUUUUCUUUCAAGUGGCCGUGUACAUCAUCCAGUCUGUGGGCAUCCCUAAAUGGGGGAACAGCGGAUGGAUCACGGCUAUCUCCAUGAUCACGCCUAACCUGGCUGUGGCUGUGGUUAUGAUGGUGGUAGCUGGGUUUUUCACUGUAAACGCUGUCCUGGCCAUCAUCCUACUGAAAAUGGUCCAUUCUAAGUACAGAAGAACAGGUGCCAGCUUCUCCAAGGCCCAGCAGGAGUUCUCCCAGGGAGUUCUAACCAACCGAUCCUUCCAGACGGCAGCGACCGGCGCUGCCUCCUCUGCUGCACAGGGAGCCUUCGGCCGGGGCCAGGGGAAUUAGACCCACAUCCUGAGGCUACAGGCUAGUCUCCCUGACCAACAUACAAAACUAGCCAUUACACAGAUCUUGAAAAGGUUUGGGGAGAAGAGGGGUAUUACUAAAUGUAAAGGGCAAACAACAAACGAGUCUAAGCUGAAACAUAUUCAGGUGUGGUUACACCUGACUGUGUGUUCACUUAGAGUACAAACCUUUACACACACACACACUGGUGUUGGAACUCUUUAUGACGUUAUUAUUUAAACUGCUCUAAAGUCAAAUAUUGAUAUCAGAUUUAGUCUGGGCAAUGUUAGAAAUGAUGUGCUGAGGUUUAGGCACAAAAGGCAGAAGGUGCAUAGAAAAAACUCCUAAUUUAAUGAACAGUAAAUAUGUAGGCAUCAGCAACACGGUCACUGGUAAUGCUAGUGCAAUGUAUUAGGAGUUCUGUUUCAUUAUUCAUGUGUUAAUGUAGCACCAGUAAAAGUCAUUCUGUCAGUUUUUCAUACAAAAGAAGAAUUGAUCACAGAAAUAGAAAACUUGACAUGAGAAUGUUUUGCGUAUAUUUACUGUACAGGGUAAGGAGUCUCUUUAACCGCGUAAAGUAGCCGACACUUUACUCUUUAAAUUUUGAAGUUAUUGCAGUCAGACUGGCUUCCCUGUAAAGUGAGAUACAUCAGGUUACUGCUACUGUAUAGGAUGAACAGGUGAUCAGUGAAGGUAAUGGGAUGAAGGUCUUUUUCAUGCUGUGUUGAUCAACUUAAUGAGUUAGAUGAAGUGAGAUUUAAAAAAGCUUUUGGGUAAAUUACUGUCACACUUUUAUAUAGUCAGGUACUAAAGGAAAUGUUCUAUCAUGAACUCUUGCAGUGAUUACAGUGAAAGCUGAUGCAGUUGUAUGAAUGUGUGGUUACAGAGCUGCGUUUAGAAUUUAAUGCAUUUAUUAAGAUGCGCGUUCAUGAGCACAAAGAACACAAGACUUAUCAAUUAUGCAUUCAACUAUAGAGAGGAGUGGUGUUACUGAGUAGUUUGUACCUUCUUACUGCAUUUGUAUUUUUACUUGUCUAUAUAUAUAUAUAUAUAUAUAUAUAUAUAUAUAUAUAUACUGUUUUCUGUCCAGAUCUCCCCUUUUUGUCGCUGUAACACUGAAUCACUUUAUUUCAUUGUAACUUCUGGGCCUUCCUUCAGGUGUAACCCAUCGGUUUGUCGAGAUGAAGGCACCAGGCAUUUGUUUUUCACCACUGAGUUUGUCUUUACAGAGAACCUGUUUUAUGAUCAUUGUGUUUAAUUUGGUGUCCUGUGUAUAUAAUGGUUACCUAUUUAAUUAAUUCUUGCAGGGAAAGUUGUUGGAAACGGUUCUCGGUUUUAACAUUUAAUAAACUGACUGCUGUUUUGAA